CAGUACCGGUAGACAGUUUGUGCAAAUGUGAUCAGCUUGCGUGAGCGAACAUUCUGCUCUUUACCUAUAUUAUCCAAACGCUGUAUCAAGAAGUCUCUCACAGUAAAAGCCAUGACAUACUCACGAGUCGGUGUAGUUACCGGCGCCAACAAGGGCAUCGGAUAUGCAGUUGUCCGACAGCUCGCGCUGCAAUACCCUAAUUCUCACCUGAACAAUGGUUCGCUGCUCAUCUAUCUGACUGCGCGCGACAAGUCUCGCGGCGAGGAGGCGCUCAGCAAGGUCCAGGGCGACGCGGAUCUCAAGCAGGCCAAGGCGCUGUCUACUCACGGUGGUGCGGCGGACAUCAAGUACCAUCAGCUCGACAUCUCAGAUUCAUCCAGCAUUUCGAAUCUCGCCUCGUUCCUGAAGAAGGAGCAUCCCGAUGGCGUUGACUUUAUCAUCAACAACGCUGGUAUUGCCAUGCAGGGAUUUGACUCAAACGUGGUGAAGAAUACCCUAGCGUGCAACUACUACGGCACACUUGAAGCGACACGCGCCUGGAUCCCGGUCAUGAAGCCAGACGGACGCAUCGUUAACGUCGCAUCAGUAUCAGGGUCCCUAAGCAAGUACUCGCCAGAAAUCAAGAAGCGCUUCCUCGACGCACAAUCAGUGUCGGACGUCACCAAGCUCAUGGAAGACUUCACCGCCGCGGUCGAGAAGGGCACGCACGAGAAGCAAGGUUGGCCCAGCGCGGCGUACGCGGUCUCUAAAGCCGGCGAAAUUGGCAUGACCAAGGCCAUCGCCAAGGAGUUGCAGGAUAAGGGGAGUAAGUUGCUCGUUAACUCGUGCCAUCCUGGGUACGUGGUCACGGACAUGACACGAGGCGGCGGCACGAAGACGCCUGAUGAGGGCGCGCAGACACCUGUGCAUCUGGCGAUUGCGGAUAUUGGUGGCAAGAGUGGAGAGUACUGGUCUGAUGAGAAGGUCGCUAGAUGGUGAACAGCUUGUCGGGACGUGUCUAAAGCUGGGCAAGAUCACGAGAACGGCGUGGGACUAGUUGACAAUGGCAAAAAUGAGACCUGGCCAGACUUUGUCGACGAGGCAAAAGACAAUGAGGUCCAUCCAGGAUUCGAACCUGGGCCUACGGAAGGUUCUGAGAAUCAGAAUCCGACGUCCUAACCAACUAGACUAAUAGACCGAAGGGAUUGGUGCCUGUUGAUGGGA